AAAGCGCGCGCCUUCGUGUUGUUCGUAUCCUUAUGGUGGUGCGGCAGUGAGUGGCCGCCCAUAAUCAUCGCCGUGCAUCAUCUUAAGCGGGCUCCUUUUGGAAUAAGGAUCUCGGUCGCGAUUAUCAUCGUCAGAAGCCUCAGGGCCUGACCCCAUUCACAUCACUCAGCGAUAACAGUGAGAAGGAGAAAGGCGAACGCAGGCGGGGAACCAACAGACCAAGAAGGAAGAGCCAAGCGAUUCAAUUCAGGGAAUGCGGAGCGCCGAGCGACUUGGCGGGGCCUUGGUCUUCGUGCGUAGCUAGCGGGCGCAAUAUCUGGAAUCAUCUGCGCCUCGCAUUUGCUCGCCUUCUCCCCCUCUGUUUUUCUGAUAGUACAGCGAUGGGAUCCGGCGGCGCGAUUAGGUUUGUUACCUCUAGAGGAUUCACCCACUUCGUGCACUGUUCUUUCCUCUUCAAAGCUUUACCUAUGCCAAGUUCUAGCACAAGGACACCAACACGAAAAGAACACGAUGAUACAACUCAACAUAUGGGAGAAAUGAGUAUAUCGCUCGUAGCUACUACACGGGAAACUACUACAAGCACAAGGAUAUUGGCCAUUCUGUGUACAUAUCUGGUAACGUAUGUGAAUGAAGCCGUAGGGCCACGCAGUCGAUGCCAAGAGCAUGAGCAGCAGGGCUGUUGUCUAUGGUUUAGUGUCUGCCUUCGAAUCGUCGAGAAGUAGUGUUGAAAAUUGGAAAAAGAAGACUUGGCACAAUAGAAAAGGAAACAUAGGCAUGAUGUUGCAAAUGAAAAC